GUAAAUCAUCACCCACCGCUAUCUGCUUCGUGUUUCUUGAGAGGGUAUUCAUUUCGCACGCGCUCUCUCGCCUCUCCCCCCCCCCCUCCUUCCCCUACCUCCCUUGAGCUCUUCCGUGCGCACCUGCGUGGUAGAUUCAGUAGCAAAGGAAGAAGAAGAGCAAGAGAACACAUCGAGCAGGUCAGCUGAACACCACCUCAACACUGGCAGCCUCGUCCAGCUUUUCAGCUAACGAUUUGCGGCUGACUUCUUUGUUCCUCACCUUCUCUUCGUCCGUCAUCACCGUCAUCCUCAUUUCCAUCAGCGCUGAUGUCACGACCCGUAAGCGUCUCCGAGGACGCGAUGAAGUCUCGGCAGUCUGUCCUGGACGUUGGCCAGCGCAACCAGCUGGAGGCCAUGCAAGCCGAAGUGCGCCGCAACAACGAACAGCUCACCACCCUGCGCCGCGAGAACAAGGAACUCCGCUCCGUCCUCCAGCAGACCCUGCGUGGCCAACGCAACAUCAGCGUCGAGGACCACUACGCGAAGGAGGAGGAGCUGCUGCAUAACAAGAACUGUGUGCUGAAGCGCAGUCUGAACGCGGUGAAGGCGAAAAACUCGGAGCUGAUGAAGGAGAUCGAGAAGGCCGUGGAGGAGAACACCUUUCUGCUCCAGGAGGGCCACGGCGCCAUGGAGGAGGACUCCUCCGUUGCCCACAAAAUCCGCGCCCUCGAAAACCGCCUGGACAAGUGCCUCGUCAAGCACAACGAGGUGAACACGAUCCGGCGCACCUACGAGACGCUGCUGGAGCGGCUGCAGCUGGAGCAGGCGGGCUUCAACACGCAGGUCUCGUCGACGGAGCAGGCUUUGCAGUGCGCGGACAAGGAACUGGCGGAGUUGGUGGCGGUGUGGAAGAGCGCCGCGAAGGCGCGGGACGCUGCGAAGGCCGAAGUUGCCGAUCUCAAGAGCCAAAUCGCGGCUGAGCGGCAGAAGCAGCGGAAGGACCUGGACGAGCGGCGCGCCUUCAUCGAGGCAAAGCGCCAGCAACUCGAGACGAAGCACGAGACGCUGAUCCAGAAGCUGCAGCAGCAGGAGGAGCGCCACGCGCGAGCAGUGCAGAACGCCUCCAGCAACAGCGCGAGCCGCCGCCGAGGCGGACACCGCAGCGGUGCCUCCUCUGCCUCCUCCCUCCGCCCCGAAGAGGUGGAGGAGCUGCAGAAGCAGAAGGUAGCGUACCUCCGACUGCGGGACAUGACGAUGGGCGUCAACGUGGCCGACGUCAUCAGCAAGCUGUGCGAGCGCACCACCCAGAACGAGCAGCUGCAAACCACCUCGCACACGCUGGAGGCGGACGUACAGGGUUUGGAGGAGCGCAAGGUGCAGCUGCAGACGGAGUGGGAGUCCGUCAACCACCGCGCAGGCCACGCACUCGUCUCGGCCCGCGUGAUGCGUGCCGCACGCGAUGCCCACGCCCGCGCAAACGGGACGGCGGACGCCGCCGCGAAGGGGGAGGUCACCGCCGGGGCUGGGGAGGACGACGACGGCGCGGAUGGCUUCGCCGGCCCUGGUGGCGCGGGCGACAGCACCGACUUCGGCUUCCGCGCAGACCGCCGCCACGACCGCCGCCUCAUCCUUGACGAAUUUCGCCAGCACCUCGCGCAGCGCCAAGAUGAAUUGGAGGAGGCGCAGGAGACGCACGACAGCCUGGUGCAGCUGCUGCGGGAGGUGGACAUGGGUGUGAAGUACCUCGCGGAGAAGCUGUCCAUCACGAACGCCGCCGCUAUCACCUCCAGCUCCACCGGGGCGUCGAAGCAGGAGAAGUCGGCCACCAAGACCAGCCUCACCAUCGACCUGCUGCGCAGCUGUGGGGCGAAGCUGCAGCUGAUGCUGGAGGAGCUCUCGCAGGAGGAGCUCGACGCCAUCGUGCGGUCCAUGAGCGGGGCGAAGUUCACCAUCCCGGAGACGAACCUGCGAGUGGAGGAGGUGUUGGAGGCGAAGCAGCAGCAGCAACUCCUGCGGCAGAUGCAGAACGCCUCCGCCUCGCGCGGGCGGGGCUCGAUGAGCCACUUAGGCGGUGCCGGCGGGGCAGCAGCAGCGGCAGCUGGUGGCGGCUCCACUUCGCCGUCGGCCACAGCAGCAGCAGCGGGGGCGGCAGCGGGCGGCGGGCGUAGCGGCUCCGGCACGGCCGCAGGCGUCAACGGCGCCGGCACGGGUGGCGACGACUACCCCGAGAACGAGAUCCACGACCGCCAGGAGCUGAAGAUGAUGUCGAUUGCGACGGUGGAGCGGGAGCAGCAGAAGGCGCGCAAGCGACAAAUGCAGCAGCGGCGCAACAAGGAGGAGAUGGUGUAG